AUGGUGAACUUGGUGGAGUCACCAAAACCGUUGUUGUACGGUCUCAUGAAACUAGCCGGCGUUGUUCCGUACACCAUAGAGAUCGAACCAGGGACAAAGAUGAACUUCUGGAUCCCCAAAGAAACCCUUAAAAAACCCAAAAAAUCUGACAAAAACUCUUCCGUGGAACCCAAAAAACCUACAAAACCAGCCAUCUUGUUCAUCCACGGCUUUGCAGCCGAAGGAAUAGUGACGUGGCAGUUCCAAGUGAGAUCUUUAGCCAAGAAGUAUUCAGUCUAUAUACCGGACCUUCUCUUCUUCGGUGGGUCCUACUCUGAUAAACCGGACCGGUCUCCAGCGUUUCAAGCCCACUGUUUGGUCAAGUCUCUUCAUAUCCUCGGCGUGGAUAAUUUUUUCCUCGUAGGGUUUAGUUAUGGUGGCAUGGUGGCUUUCAAGAUCGCUGAGGAGUACCCUGAGAUGGUUCGAGCCAUGGUUGUGUCAGGUUCAGUUCUUGUGAUGACUGAUACAAUCAGUGAGUCGAAUUUGAACCGGUUAGGGUAUAAGUCGUCCGCGGAUCUUUUGUUACCAACUUCGGUUAAGGGACUCAAGACUCUCUUCACCAUUGCUGUUCAUAGACCCAUGUGGUUCCCGAACCGGCUAUUCAAGGAUUAUCUUGAGGUGAUGGUUACUAAUAGGAAGGAAAGAGCAGAAUUGUUAGAAGCUUUGGUCAUCAGCAACAAAGAUGUGACCAUCCCUCGUUUUCAACAGGUCUAA